GGAGGAAGAAAGAAGUGGAGGGGAGGUGGGCUACAAAGAUGGAUAGAUUAAAAAAAGGAGAUGACAUGCAGUUGCUGCAAUGAUAGACGCAGUCGUGAAAGAAGAGCAAAGUCUGUACAAAUAUAUAAUAGUGUUCAUAGGUGAAGAAGUCUAUCCUUGCAGGAGCUGCCAUAAGCAUGCCCACUCAGUCACUGGAGCAAACAAGGGAUGGAUAGUGAGCAAGUAUAAAAAUGAUGCAGAUUGAGAGAGAGGAAAGAAA